UUUUAAUCUGACUUCGAAGAGCAGCCAAAACGCAAGACAACUAGCGGUCUGUAUUUGAGAGCGUAAGACGAAGCGGAGCAAGGCGGGCCAUACUCUAGCCUCCCCCACGUUCGGACUCACACGGAACCUCGAGCAACAUGCCUCGCGCCAGGCGUAAUAAGGUGGUCACCUUGACCAAGACUGCCAAGAAGACGAGAGCAGACAAGGAAUCGCUUAUCGACAAGGUCCGGGAUGCCGCGCAGCAGUACAGCUUCGUCUGGCUUUUCGGCAUCGGGAACAUGCGCAAUGCAUAUCUCAAGGAGGUCAGGCAGCUCUGGGAGGGCAGCAGACUGUUCUUUGGAAAGCUGGGAAUCAUGCGCAAGGCGCUUGGCACAGAGGAGGGGGAUGAGAUUCGGACGGGUAUCUCAGCGCUUUCGAAUAAGCUCGCGGGCUCAGUAGGUCUACUGUUUACCGAUUCACCUCCUGCAGAAGUACAAGAGUGGUUCAAGACAUACUCGCGGGAGGACUUCGCACGGGCGGGGAACAAGGCGUCAGAGACGGUCGUGCUACCGGAAGGACCGGUGAUGAUGCACGUCGGACCAGUGCCUGAGGCGCUACCGCAUUCCAUCGAGCCGCAGCUGCGGCAGUUGGGCAUGCCUACCGAGCUUAAGAGGGGAGUUCCGACACUCUUGCGGGAGUUCACAGUAUGCAAGAAAGGCAGCAGGCUGACCAAAGAAGCUGCACAGAUUCUGAAGCACCUACUGAUCAUGCAGGCCGAGUUCCGCAUCAUCCCCCUGGCAUAUUGGUCCUCGAUCGCAACGGAAGGGAAAGCAGAAGGCACAGUGCACGAGCUCGAGCUGACCCCCGAGCAAAAGGAGCUGAUCGAACAGGCGCAAAACGAUUCUAGUGCGGAGCUAGCUGGCGUCGGCGGUAAGAAGACGAAGAAGGGAAGCGCUCGCAACGGGCGCUCUCCCAAGAAGGCAGCAGAGGAUGCGGAGAUGGACGCCGAAGAGGAUGAGGAAGACGAUGACGAUGUCAGUUUGGAUGACGGGGACAAGGUUGAAGAGAGCAUGAUGCUGCCCGCAGAGCUCAGAUGAGCCCUGUCUUCCUCUACUUUUGACAUCUUUGUUAGUCUUGUCGUUGAUAGAUUUCCAUGUGUACCAUAUCGUCAGCAAGCAUUCCUCAGCCAAUUCAGGAAUCAUUAGAG